AUGUCAACUCCUUUGCGUCCGCAGUUUUUCUGUUCUCGUCCCAAUGGGACUCUCACUCCUUUGAUUGCUCUUGAUGAGCUUCCCUCCCACAUCUCGAUUCGUGGAAUUCCUCGUACUCUGUCCCCCGGUGACACUAUCGGUAUGACCAGUCUGGGUACCGUGAUCCCCAGAGCUCAUUUCUACAUCGUCGACGGCAUCCAGCCUGCCCCAAUUGGCACUGCGCCCAUGGGCGUGACCAAUGCAGUUCGUGACUCUGACGCUCAGACGGCCGUUUACACUAUUGCCUCGGAUGACACCGUUGUUUUCAACCCUCAGAUGGCCCUCCAGCCUGUGAACCAGCAGCAUCCUCCUCAGAACUGGAUGGCUUCGGCUCCCGCGGUUACUGGCUCUGCCAACCAGGUCAAUGCAACUCGUUCUGGCCGUUCGAACGGAAAGCAUGACCGCCGUGAUCGCAGCCACUCGGGUGAGCGCCGCAAAGUCUUCUGUUCUUUUUGGCUUCGCAAGGGUGAAUGCGACUACACUCAACAGGGAUGUAAAUUCAAGCACGAAAUGCCCAUGGACGCUCUCACCCUCUCAAGAUGCGGUCUUCGUGAUAUUCCUCAGUGGUAUCGCGAGAAAUUCGGCGUCUCCAGCAUUCACACCCGCGAGAACAACAACACUCGUGCCCAGAUCAAUUCAGGGCAACCCUGGAGACCUAAUAUGCGCAACAACAACAACAACAACAACAACAACAACAACAACACUCAGUCGACCCCGACAAAGUCGAUUUCGUAUCCGCCCCGCAUGGAGAUCGCUGCGGCGAACACCGAUGUCCCUCAAGAACGGUCUGUGGGUUUGACUGAGUCCAACAACAAGAACAUUCCUGGUCCGCAGCCGAAGGGCUCCAAGAAGAUUGAUUUGAUGUCAUUCGAUCCAAUACCGGAUUAUGCUGCUCUGAACGCGGGACGCGACUCUUCCAGCGAUGACACUAUGUCUCCCACCGACAAGUUUUCUUCUCCUGCCAGAGGAGCGGAUUUUGAGCGCACUCAGAAUGCGGCGGAUUGGAUGUACAAAUUUGGCCCAAUGCUUCAUGGAUCUGAGGAACGUCCGGAGUCGCCGGUUAAAAACAUGUCCAACAAGAACCGCACGAAGAAACCUUCGAGAUCGCGUCGUCUCUACGAACCUCGUACUACUGAGUCUACCGGUCAACACAAGGGAGGUGUUCCGGCUGAUAACUCACUCACUCCUUUGAAAACCAACUUCGGCAACGCCAAUCGCUCCAGUGAGCCUGCUUCAACGUCAACUACGAGUCCUGAACGUAUGAAAACCCCUGAACUCAUUCCUUCGACUCGCGACUCAUCACCGUAUCAUAGUGACGAAUCGCCAUCCAAGCUCGCAAUUCGCGUGCCGCUCCUCUCUUUUUCGGAGCAAUCCAUGAAAAGCCCAUGUGCGUUCGCGAAAGCGGUUAUCAACGGGGAAAAGAUCGACACACUGGACUAUCUUGAGAGAGCGUUGAUUAGUUUCAGGGCGGUUGGCCUCAACGAUGACAAGGUCAACAGCGAGUGA